AUGGCCCCGAGCACGCGCUUGAUAUGUGCUUGUCGCCGCCAUGGGCUGACUCAAGUAGGACCUAGUUCAAGAAAGGUUGUUACUACCGCACGGAUACCUUCUGCAAAAUCGUCUCCCACACACCAAACCGAAGGCGAAAGCGGUCUGACCGGCUCAGAAAAGCUGCUACAAGAUGCCAUUCGACUAGAAAAACAAGAAGAACAACUCCUCUCACAACGAAAUAAAGCGCAAGAUCCAAACGAUCCAAUAUGGACAGGAGAAGAAAGAGUGCAAGAUACAGUCCUACGGAUGGUUAUGGAUAAAUACAAGCCUUUACGACUUCCGAGUUCGAAUCCGCAUGCUGAUCCUGCGGAUGAAAAGAUUCGGAGUGGGAUCCAAACACCCUCUACCCCCUCCCCCCCUUUUCCUCCAUCCGGAGCUUCUGGCUUUAGCCGAACGGCGACCGACUCUUUGGUAGCUGAGUCAGCUAUCGGGUCAUUCGUUUCCCCAGCGUACAACGGCGAGCACGAGGACGGUCGAAAACUCCCCAAAACGCCCGACCAGAAACCUUGGCGAGCAGUAUACGUUCGACCCCCAUCCUCUAUCUUGGGAGCAGAAGAAGGUUUCACCCCCAGCAUCUACUAUGGGCAAUUUCUAAAAUCUCAUUCCUCCUCCUCCUCCUCCCCCACCAACCCUGCUUCCGACAUCCGGUCUAAACUCAAAGCCGCAGGUCUCAACCCCUCCUCCCUCCCUCUCGACGAUCCAAAGGCUAUGAGCAAGCUUCGUUCUGGAAUCAAAACGUUCGAACGCCAGGGAAAACUCGUCCGAGCCCGCGAUUCCGUUUUGGAUUACCAGUUAUCCCAAUCCUCCCCCUCCGUCUCCUCCUCCACCGCUGGAGAGGGUAAAGGAGACGGACUCAGCGAUGUCAACCAAAACCUGCAACUUCAAUUAGGACAUGCGCAAGGGUGGGACAGUGUAGUGGAAAAAAGAAUCAAAGCUGCUUACGAGGCCGGGUUGUUUCGAGAGAAUAAACUUCGAGGACAACCGUUGAAGAGGGACAUGGACGACAAAAAUCCCUUCCUGGCGAGGGAGGAGUAUUUUAUGAAUAGAAUAGUCAAGAGACAAGGUGCAGCUCCGCCUUGGGUAGGGUUGAAUAUGGAAUUGGAGACGGAAUUGGCGAGUUGGAGGGAUAGAUUGGUCGAUGCUUGGGUUAGGAGGGCGAGUCGGAUGAUUACUACUUCUUCUACUUUGUCCGCCGGUUUAAAACCGUUGGAAGGGGAAGUGGGGGAGGGGGGAAAAGAGGGGUUGAAAGAUGGUGAAAGGGCUCUGUUAGACACGGCUAGAAGGUAUAGAGAUGAAGAAUGGGAACAAAGAGAAAGGUCUUUUCACCAACACGAAUUGAAGAGGCUCAACGAGUUGAUUAGGAGACAUAACCAUUUGGCGCCUUUUACGGCGAGGAAAGGGUUGUUGGUGUUGGAUGUUGAGUUGGGGAGUAUAUAUGAUAGGGCCGUGCCGAGAUUGGUGCAGGAGAUCUCUUCUAUUCUUCGACAGAAGCUCGAUCCAGGGAGUGGAGGGACGAAGGAUGGGUGGGACGAGCAUCUGAAGAGAGAAAGAGAAGGGGGAAAAGGGGGUGUGACAACGUAUGAUAUGUGGGGUAGAGAAGUCACGUCUCGACAACAGCAAAGGGAGGGAGAGAAGGGGAGCUUGCAUGGUUGGUGGGGUAACGCAGUUGGAAGCAGGAGUGAUGCCAAGUACGGUGAGCAAGCUAGUGGGAAUGCGCGAGAAGAAGGAGGAGGAAGAGAUGAGCGAGUGCCAAGUCUAGGGUUGCUGGCUGCUAUUCAGAAGAGUUUGCAGUGGGCGAGGGAGCGGAUCGGUGCCUAA